AUGGACGAUGCGGCGGAGCGAGACAGCGGCGACGACGUGAUCCACCGCCUCGGCGGCCUCGGCUGGCACAGUCGCGGCUGCGAGCAGGUGUCGGAGCUCACGGCGGGCUCCGUGGUGUUCGGGAGUGCCCCGCUGUCUGGCUGUCAGGCGUACCUCGCGGAGGUUUGCAUCGAGUGA